UAGCUAGGGUAGUGAUUCAAUCGAGUCUUUUUUUGGUAUAUAGCUUAGGAGAAACGAUUGUCAUUUGGCUUUCUCCCCUUCUUUUUUUCCUUAUGUUCUCCAAAUUCUAGGCAAAUAGAAAAUUAAAUUGCUAAAUUUUUGACACUUGCUUAUGAAAUAAAUUAGCUGUAGAGCAAAGAUUUUCCUUCAGCAUGUGCUAGAAGUCUACACUUCCAAGUACAUGAAUGCUUCUCGAAUGCUUGGAGAUCAGUUAGCUCUUGCGUGGGUGAUAAGAUCACACCCUGGCUUUGAUCUGCGGAGAUUUCGCAAAGCACAGGCUUUUAUGGAUGAGAUGGGAGGUGCAUCAGUGCUCUUUCUACCAUGUGCUACAUAUAAUUGGACACCACCUGAGGGAGCAGGUCAAUUUCACAGAAUGCCUUUGGAUGUCAAGGUGGUGCAUUUUAAAGGAUCAAGGAAACGUUUAAUGCUCGAAUCAUGGAAUUUCUUCAGAUCUGCUUCUGAUAUUUCUGAUAUGUUGUGCCUUAUUUUAAUGAGUGGUAGAACUAAGUACGAUUUCUGAUAUGUAAUACUUGCUUCUUCUUUUUUCAAAUUCUCUUGAUUUUUAUUUUUGGUUGGCGGCAAUUGUUACUUAUUUAGCAUUUGAUAGGUUUCUUCAUAAAA